AUGGCCGCACCGCUCCUCUUCCAGAGCCUCGGUACACGCACAGCCAUCUUGGCCUGUUUCUGGGUGGCGCUGCUUGCCAGCAUUCCGUGGUGGCUUCGUCUGACCACGAUCCAAAGACUGCCCUUGCCAGCACAACAGGUGCGAGCGCUUCAGCAAUUUGGCAGCUGCCCUGUCACUUUGCAAUCCAGUCUUGUCAUCUCAGUGGAUGCGGAUAUCUUGCGAGAAGCUGGUGCUGAUGCAGACCGAGACGCUCGCACUGCUUUUUUGAAGCAAGUGGAACAACUCGUUCAGCAGAGUUUGGAGAUCAAAUCUCAGCUUCCGGCUGCUGCCAGCCUGGAAUGUACACGAUGGAAGGUUCAGGUGCAAUCUUCAGCGUCGGAAGUCUCGCCAGAAUCAUUCCAACCCGAGACGGGUGCCUACGUAGUCCGAAUCGCAAGCGAAGCAUCAGCUGAGAGUACAAGCUCACAACCACCUCACAUCCCCACCAUCUAUAUCCCCGCCAUCUCGGAGGAUUCAGAAUCCCUCCCAUUGGUACCAGACACCCUCAGCGCCGCUGUCAUUGCCGAACUUGUCCAUCUACGAGGCGACAAGCCUCUCACCGAUGAUGACACUUCCACCUCUACAAUCGCAGUCACAGAGCAGGACCCACGAGUCAUCCAAUACAGCAAACACGUACGUCUUGUGUUUAGCAUCAUGAACCAGGAUAUUACCGACGGUACAGCGUACGAUAGCCGGCUUCUGCGCAAUCUGGCGGAUGGAAACGCGUCGGCGGACAACCCGAUUUCGAAGCUCACGCGCGCGUUGAGCCAAUUGCAUGAUUUUCACAUCGAAACGCAGGUGCAGUGGUUCGCACCAUUGCAUUUCCAGCCAACAAUGGAACAGUUGGAGGAGGUGGUGGAGAUGGAGGUGGAGGAAGAGGUCAUGGUCGAUCAAGAGAUUCAAGAAGAGGUGGAUGUUGAGGUCGAUGACGUCGCUGACGUCGCUGACGUAUCGCAAGACAAAGUGUCUGCAAGUGAAACGCACCCCACCGCAGGCGACCAACACGAGCUCGCUUCAAACGGAGCAGAUGCAGAAGCGGCCGAAGUCGAACGCCAACUCUCCUACGUACCUCAAAUCAAGCGCACUCGAACCCUCAAACAAGUCCGCAAACGCACCAUCCAAGUACCCCGCAUACAACGCAUCCGCAAGCAGAAGCGUACUCCACUCCCACCCCGCCACGUGGUCGAAUGGGAUGAUCUUAAAGUGUUUGUCAACUCGCAAGAGUGGAGUCUCACUUCGACCGUUCCACCGUGCUCCUCUUCGCCAAGUGAACGAGCGUACGACGUUCUUUCUCAGACGCACGACUUGCAUUUCUUGCUGUACAUCCCGAGCAAGUCGCAUUCUCCGCUGAUGAUACGGGAUACCGUCCAUGGCGGGGUCAAGGAGGAUGUGGGGGGAUGGUUGAUACCUCAAUGGGGCGGGGUGGUGAUCGUGAACGUUGAUCACGAGGAAAAACAGUCAACAGGGUUGGUGAAGCUUGAUCAAAAGCUUGAUCGAGGAGGCGUUGAAGAGUUGGCCGAGAUCGCAGUUGCGGAAGCCAUGGCGCUCUUCGCACGCCAACUGGAGAUCUUGCUUGGACUAUCGGAUGGACGCUCCGCCUCAGCAUCUUUGAGCGAGACUCAAGACAGGCUGCAACGCAGGGUGCAGUUGUCGACGCUGAAACAACGACGAAUCCUGGAACUGAGCCGCGAAGCCACAUCCACACUGAUCGCCAUCACACGGCUGGUCGAUCGCAUCGAAAAUCUGGGUGUAGGUGCACACGUGAAAUCCGACGUUGAAGCCGCUCUGCACAUCAUGCACUCGCUCCGCAACUCGAGCUCGAAUGCGCAUCUGGACGAGCUCCUCGACAGAGCGGCACAAGCAUAUGCGCUGAGCAACAGAGCGUUUUUCAACCCAGAUAUGCUCGGCUUGUUGUAUUUCCCAGACGAACACAAGUACGCCGUAUACACGCCGCUGUUUGCGCCCCUGUUGGUGCCGCUGUUCGUCACCACGCUAAAGCUGAUCAAGCAAUUGGUCGCACGCCGCAAGCCAUCGACAAAGAGUGCCAUGCGAGCGAGCAAGCCCAGCACAUAUGCGAGAUUGUCCACUUAA